AUGGAGGAAAUCGGGAUGGAUGUGGAACGUCUCGCUGAAACUAUAGGAGAUGCUCUCGCAAUAUUCGUCUUCAAGAGCGGGUAUAAUUACUAUGGGGAUUUCAGUUUCAGCAACGUUCCUGAUGCUAUCGAUGAACCAAAUCGCUCUUGGACUAUCGGCCUCUGCGUCUCUCAUCUUCCAUCUGCCGUGAUGCAACGACAGCCAGGAUUGCCUUUUGGAAACGGCGAUGAGGAGCGGAUGGCAAAAGCGAUGGAACAGCAAGUGCCAUCUCCCGUAAGGUCGAUCCACCUUUGGAAAGCCUUCAAGACGGCAUUUAUCGCCCGGGGCAAAAAAUACCACUCUGCCGUUCCGGACGUUACACCGGAGGAGAUGAUGUCGGGUUUUGAGAAAAUUUAUUGCUCAUCUGCGAGUGAUGAGGGCGUCGGAAAAAGAGGCGCAUCUGUGAAGACGGAAGUGAACUGA